GACGGACAGAACUUGGCAGAAGAUCAAAGGGUUCCUUCUCAUCUCUCAGAGGCUUCCUGAGAGCACAGAUGGAUGAGCAAGACUCAGCUGGCCCUGAAUCAGGAAGUGGCCAUGACAUCCAAACUGGGAGCAGUGGGGGAUUCUGGGAAAACUCUGUGCAGAAGAUCCUGGGUGAGGAGGGCACCCUUCCCUUAGAGGUGCAACGCCGGCAGUUUAGGUGGUUCUGCUACCUGCAAGCCAAAGGACCCCGAGAGGUUUGCAGCCGACUCUACCACCUUUGCUGUCAGUGGCUGAAGCCAGAAAGGCACACGAAAGCUGAAAUGCUGGACCUGGUGAUCUUGGAGCAGUUCCUGUCUGUCCUUCCACCAGCGAUGGAGAGCUGGGUGAGGGAGUGUGGAGCAGAGACCAGUUCCCAGGCAGUGGCCCUGGCCGAAGGUUUCCUCCUGAGUCAGGCAGAGGAGAGAAAGCAGGUGAGAGAGACUUUCCUCUGGAUACUCCCAAGGGGCUCCAAACAGGACGGAGAACAUCCCAUAAUGCUUUAGUGAUUGCCAAUCCUUUUUCUGAGAAGGCAUCCAUGGAAUGAGAUCUAACACCCUUAACCUUUUUGUAUUUGUCAUUCUCUUUCUAAUAUUUCUUGCCAUUCAUUCUCUGUUUUUAAUCCUUGUUGUUCUUUCAGGGAAAGGAUCAUUUUGCAGAAAUGGACCUGGAUUCCUGUGAGGCAGAGAGGCCUCCGUUGGACACCAGAGAGAGGUCACUGGGUAAGGAGGAAGGUGGUUUUUCAUUCUGUUGAUUUUCAUCUUGUUUUGGAGGGAGACAGUUGGGAGGAAGGGUCCAGGGGAGGGGAGAUGUAUUUCUGCACAACUAACAUAUGAAAUGGGCACAAGCGUCCAACUGCGCUCAGCAGGAAAGGCUUUCGCAAAGGCCCAUCUGCAGAUAGAGAUGCCCUGCUUCACCUGUGAGAGAAGCAGGCACUGCUAGCGUCGUACUUACCUUUCUUCUCUUGCAGGUGGCAUAAUGAGACCUCUUCAUUCAUCUUUUCAUGGGGGCAGAAUAGAAGCAGUGGCUGUGGAACCAGAUCAGGUCAGAGGAAGCUAUCUUUUGGGGACAGAGGCCGAGGGGUGGAACCACGACAACACUGUUGUCUCAGAGGAGGACAAUUCCCUUUUUCUUUCAGGGUCCUGUGUGCUUUGAUGAUGUUGCCAUUCGUUUCACGGAUGAGGAGUGGGAGUUGCUGGAUCCUGACCAGAGAGCUCUGCAUAAGGACGUCAUGGAGGAGAAUCGUGGGAUCGUGGCCUCUCUUGGUAAGGCUCCUUGUGGGAUCAUAAUAUCUGUUUUUAAAUUCAAAGCAGCUCUCGUGUGACGAACCUCAUAUAUUUUCAUAGAAUUCAACAGCGCCCCCUUAAAUCGCCUGGGAUUACAAUAUUCCCACAAUAAACCUUGAACCGUGAAUUAUUCUUUUCUCCCGUGAAUGUUCUUCCUGCAGUUGCAGCUUCUUAAACUGUUAUCAGAGUCGUCUGAAUUGCCCAGGCGAUUUUAAAUGUAAACCUCUGAGUUGUUAGGGAAGUUGUAGUAGCUCCUGUCAGGUUUUCUGUUUUUGUUUUGCUCUUGUCAGUCUUUGGUUGACCAGAGAGAAGACUGAUAUUGGAAACGGAGGGGAUGCCAUGAUGGAGCCAAACAAAAUCCAUUAAGAGAAGAGCCAGGCUUAUCAAAUCACAGGUUCAUCUGAGGUUGUCAGUUGAGACUUCCACUUUGCCUUAAAAAUGGCAAUAAGGCGAGAGUCCAGUUCCUAGGAAUGGACUCGGAUCACCCCGGGGGUCGGGGGAAAGCGAGAAGGUGAGCCCCCCAAAAGCUCAAAAGGGUUUCUUGAGCCCCAAAAGCGUCCAGCAGCAUGUUUCUGAGAGCCUUCCCGCCUGCUCAGUGCUCUGAAAGGCAUGGGGGGGUUAAGAUUGGGCCGUCGCACAAGGCUCCUUUGUAACCCAGUGGCGAGAAGCCUUGAACUUCACACCAAUUUUUUUAUAUAAUUUUUUUAUUAGUUUUUCACAUUUUUAGACACUUGUCUCUAACCAAUUCAAACAUCAAGUUACAAGGUUCUCUGAACCUUCAGACUCCACCCCCCCAUCCCAUGGGUUCAUGUAUUUUAAAUUCCAGUUUUCUGCAUCUUAUGUCUUAUCCAACUAUUGUAUAUCUUUAAUUAUCAUAACCAACUUCACAUUACAAUGUCAUUACAAUGCUAUCAAUUAUUUUAAUUGUUUAUAAUGGUGUUUUUUUUAAUAAAGUACAAAUUUACUCCAGUCUGUAAGAAAUACCGGUACUUUUUCCUCUUGGUUUCUGAUCUCCCCCGUCAGUGUCACCAUUUCCACAUACUUCCUCAAUUUCGUCUGCCAUUCUUCCCUCAUUGGCAAUUCUUCUUUCCAUUUUUGGGCUGGUAGCAUUCUCGCCGCUGCCGUUGCAUACAGAAAACGUCUUUUAUCUUCACUUGGUAUUUCUUCACCUUUUAAACUUAAAAAAAAGGCUUCUGGUUUCUUAGCAAAUCUACUUUUAAACAUUCUUUUUAGUUUAUUAUAAAUCAUUUUCCAGAAGUCAUUUACCUUAGAACAAGACCACCACAUAUGAUAAAAUGUACCUUCUCUCUCUUUACAUUUCCAAUGUCUCUCUCUUUACAUACAGUGGUACCUCAGUUUAAGUACUUAAUUCCUUCCAGAGGUCUGUUCUACACCUGAAACUGUUCUUAACCUAAAGCACCACUUUAGCUAAUGGGGCCUCCUGCUGCUGCCGCGCCGCCAGAGUACGAUUUCUGUUCUCAUCCUGAAGCAAAGUUCUUAACCCGAGGUAAUAUUUCUGGGUUAGUGGAGUCUGUAACCUGAAGCUUAUGUAACCUGAAGUGUAUGUAACCCGAGGUACCGCGGUAUUUGAUUUAGUUUUUUACAUUUUUGCAAUCUUCCUUGGUGUUAGGUUCCAACAGUACAUCAUUUUCAUAUAAUUUUCUUUCAGUGAAGAGCAUACAGUAAAUUUUAUUUCUUCUUUCCACAACUUUUCCCAUGAUGAAACUUGAAUGCUAUACCCAAAAUCUCUAGCCCAAUUCAAUUUAUCAUCACUGCUUUAACUUCUUCAUCUUUCGUAAAGCAUUCCAAAAUUAUUUGUACAUUUUUAUCAUAUUUUCACCUUAUUUUCCAACAGAUCAUUCUCAAAUCUCCAUCUUUCUGUAGCAAACCCUCUUUUUUUAUCUACUUUUAAAACAUCCUUUAAUUGGUGGUACUGUAACCAAUCUGUUAAUAUUCCUCUUAUCUCUUCAAAUUUUCUCAAUUUUAAUUGGCCAUCUGCCUCUAUCAACAAUUCUUUAUAGGUAGCCCAAUCUCCUCUCAUUUACUCUUUUAACUGAAAUUGCUUCCAAUGGGGGAGAGGCACCAUGGUGUUCUUUGCGCUAAUAAAUUUUUAUAUCUAUCCCAUACCUCGUAACUUAGUUUCCUUGUCACAUGGUUCAGGAAUCCUUUCUGUACUUUAGUUUUAUCAAACCAUAAAUAUGCAUGCCACCCAAAACAGUUCUCAUGUGCUUCCAGAUCUAGUAAAUCUGUAUUUUUCAACAAAAUCCAUUCCCGCAACCAGCAAAGACAGGACGCUUCAUAUUAUAAUCUUUUCCAGUGCUUUUGGUACAUUGGACAAAGGUUCUUCUAUUGUUAUUGUUAAUAUUCUUAUUUGGCCAGUUUCACUCUGAGAGGGGACUUUUAAAAAAUGGAUUUAAUAUAUUCAUUAGAAGAUACAAUAGUUGUGGGAGUUGUGGAAAGUGGAGGCAGCCUGGCAGCUGCAUCUGAGAGCCCCUGAUCUGCCUCUGGGGAUCAGAGGUGCAUUGGGACUGGGGGGGGGGGAGGUUUCUUUUGAAACUACUUUGACUCAUUCGCUUAUUUUAUGUUCGUUGAAAGUGGAAUCUGAAAUGUGUGGGGGAGGAUGUCUAGUGGUAGAGAAUGGUAAUUACAACUGCAGAUUUAAUAUUUAGAGGAAAACAAUGGCUGGAAGGUGGGGAAGAGUGACACCUGGAGGAGGCAGCAAAAGUAACAUCUGGGUAAAGAAAUUAUGAUAACAUAUUAAGUUCAAAAUAUAGAAAUAAAGAGUAUGGCAACAUGGAAGCCACAGGCGGUGGCAGGAGCUACAAUUAUGACCCUAGCCCAAAGGAGAAGAGGGUCCACCCAAAAAUCAAAGGGAAAAUUAGAUAUUGCAGAAUGGAUCAUGGAAUUGAAGAAAGAUGUAAAAGACAAGGCAAAAACUGUAGAAGACAAAUUGGAAAAGAUGAGAGGAAAGAAAGAACAAAAAUAGAAAAUCAGUAGUGGAUUUGACAGGGCAGAUCAAAUCAUUAUCAACUAAAACUACAAAACAAGGGAAAUUGGUACAGGAACUAAAAACAAAAACAAGGCCUAGAGAAGAUGACUAAGAAAACACAAGCUGAAGGAAGAGCACUUCAAAAAGGACAGGAAAAAAUAAGGAAGAAUCAACUGAAUUAUAGGGGAUGCAAGAAGGGACUCAAUUGCAGUCCUGAAAAUGCAGUAGAAAGAACUGACUUUCAGAUUGAGAGGGAUUCCAGAAGUCACAGAUGAAGAUAUAAGAAACAAAAUAACAAAAGAAUUGGCUAGCUGGGUGGAAAUUCAAGAAGAAAAAUUGAAUCUAUCUGUGGAAAAAUGAAAUAAUACAGAAAGAUAAAAAAUGCUGAAGAAAAGAAUAAAUAUUGAACAGGGGGAGUCCAUGGGUUUGAGACAAUCCUGUAUUUCUUAUUAUUUAUAUUUGAUUGUAUAUGUAAACAUUUAAUUGGAAAUCCAAUAAAAAAAUUAAUGAUAUAAAUGAUGUCAGUUGAUCCCUGUUAAUAUAUGCAUCCAACCCUGUAGUAAAACUAUCCAUCUAACCCAAUUGUUAUUCCUCUAUUACCAGUGUUAACAAGUAUUCUUCAUGAAUUGUGGACUCUCUUUCUCCCGUAGACACUAAUCCAUUUCUCUCUUCAUUGCAGAUAAUGAUGAACUGGAAAUCAAGAACAAGGGUGACCAGGACAAAAUCCCCGCAAUGGAGAAGCCUUAUAAAUAUCUUGAAGGUGGAAAAAGUUUCCAUUCCACUUCCCAUCAAAUAAAUCCCACUGGGAAGAAACCAUAUCAGUGCAUAGAAUGUGGAAAGGGCUUCAAGACGAACUCCUCUCUGAGUUCCCAUCAAAGAAUUCAUACAGGGGAGAAACCGUAUCAGUGUGUGGAAUGUGGAAAGAGCUUCAGUAUGAACUAUUAUCUCACGAAGCAUCACAGAAUUCAUACAGGGGAGAAACCCUAUAAGUGUGUGGAAUGUGGAAAGAGCUUCAGUACGAACUAUGAUCUCACUAAGCAUCACAGAAUUCAUACAGGGGAGAAACCCUAUAAGUGUGUGGAAUGUGGAAAGAGCUUUAUUCAGAACUCCCAUCUCACUUUACAUAAAAGAAUUCAUACAGGGGAGAAACCCUAUCAGUGUGUGGAAUGUGGAAAGAGCUUCAGUAUGAGCUCCAAUCUCAUGAAGCAUCAGAGAAUUCACAGAGGGGAGAAACCCUAUCAGUGUGUGGAAUGUGGAAAGAGCUUCAGUAGGAGCUCUGAUCUCACUAAGCACCAGAGAAUUCAUACAGGGGAGAAACCAUAUAAAUGUGUGGAAUUUGGAAAGUGCUUCAGUCACAACUCCUCUCUCACUUUCCAUCAAAGUAGUCAUACAGGGGAGAAACGCUAUAAGUGUGUGGAAUGUGGAAAGAGCUUCAGACAGAGCUCCAAUCUCAUGACGCAUCAGAGAAUUCACAGAGGGGAUAAACCCUAUCAGUGCGUGGAAUGUGGAAAGAGCUUCAGUACGAGGUCCUAUCUCGUUAGGCAUCUGAGAAUUCACAGAGGUGUAAAACCCUAUCAGUGCAUGGAAUGUGGAAAAAGCUUCAGGAAGAGCUCCGAUCUCACUUCCCAUCACAGAAUUCAUACAGGGGAGAAACCAUAUAAAUGUGUGGAAUGUGGAAAGAGCUUCAGUAUGAAGUCCUAUCUCCGUAAGCAUCUGAGAAUUCACAGAGCUGUAAAACCCUAUCAGUGCAUGGAAUGUGGAAAGAGAUUCUGUCAGAGGACCGAUCUCACUUCCCAUCAACUAAUUCAUACAGGGGAGAAACCCUAUCAGUGCGUGGAAUGUGGAAAGAGCUUCAGGCAGAGCUCUAGUCUCACUUGCCAUCACAGAAUUCAUACAGGGGAGAAACCCUAUAAGUGUGUGGAAUGUGGAAAGAGCUUCAGUUCGAGCUCUCAUCUCUGUAAGCAUCUGAGAACUCACAGAGGUGUAAAACCCUAUCAGUGUGUGGAAUGUGGAAAGAGCUUCACUAAUAGCUCAAAUCUCACUAAGCAUCAGAGAAUUCAUACAGGGGAGAAACCACAUCAGUUGGUGGAAUGUGGAAAGAGCUUCAGUCACAGCCACAGUCUCGAUUCCCAUCAUAGAAUUUAUACUGAAUAAGCCAUAUAAUUGCUUGGAAUAUAGAAAGAGCUUCAGCUAUAGCUCCUCUCUCUUUUCCCAUUAAAUAAUUCAUACGAAGGGUGGAAAACCCUUCAUUGCACAGCUUUAGGCUGCAGGGAAAAACAUAACUGCUUAACCAGGCCUUUGGCUGAUUGACAUCUAAUGCCCUUUUAAAUGUGGUGAGGAGGGGGGUGGUUUACAGUUAUUUAUUUUUAUUUAUUUUUGUUUUUUUUUAUAUUGUGGUUUUAUGUUGUAACUGCCCUGAGGGCAUAGGACUGCUGAGGCAAACUCGGCCCUCCAGAUGUUUUGGGACUACAAUUCCCAUCAUCCCUGACCACUGGUCCUGUUAGCUAGGGAUCAUGGAAGUUGUAGGCCGAAAACAUCUGGAGAGCCGAGUUUGCCUACGCCUGGUAUAGGGCACAGGAGGUAACUCUUAGAGGCGGAAAGGCCUUUGUCCCCCCCUAAAAUAUAUGAGGGACCACCCCCCCUGCUUUAUAGGCAUUGCCAUUCAAAUGGUGCAUGCAGCACAUCAUAUGAUUGAUUUUGCGAGAUAGGGCUUACCUCCCCCCCCCCCAAUAUUUUAUUCAAGUUGGCACCCCUGGUAUAGGGCAGUAUAGAAAUUAAAUAAAUGCAUAAAUAAAAUAAGACCAUCUUGGUCGUCUU